AUGAAACGAUCGACUGAAACUAGAUCAAGAGCGCAACAUUGCUAGCAUGGCAUCCGAACAGCUGAACGUCAUUGCUCUCAUUUCGGGGGGUAAAGACAGCUUCUUCUCAGCCUUGCACUGCAUCGCAAACGGACACAAAAUCAUCGCUCUGGCGAACCUGCAGCCGUCUGCAGACGGCCAAGCCCCAUUGGAGCAUGAGGUCUCGUCCAACGGCACUCGCAUCGUCAAACCUGAUACGCUGCUAUCGGGAAGCCACGGUGCAGUUGACACCAGCCAUGACGAACAGGACUCUGCUACCGACGACGAGGACCUUAACAGUUUCAUGUAUCAGACUGUAGGCCACCAGAUCAUUCCUCUGUACGCCAAGGCCACGGGGCUUCCUCUCUACUGUCAGCCUAUAGUCGGUGGAGCUAAGUGCGAGGGUCGCGACUAUGAUGUCUGGCAGGCUGUCGACGACGAAACGGAGAGUAUGGUACCUCUUCUACGCACCAUAAUCGACCGGCAUCCUGAAGCCAAUGCGCUCUGCGCCGGAGCAAUACUGUCAACUUACCAGCGUACUCGCGUGGAAUCUGUCGCCUUGCGGCUCGGCCUCACCCCAGUCGCCUAUCUGUGGAAAUACCCGGUGCUACCUCCAGCACUGAGCGGCCUUCCUUCGGAUGACGCCCAGUUGCUGUUGGACAUGGAAGUGGCCGGUCUUAGACGCGCGAAUCAUCAAAGUUGCUAG